UUCCUUUUAACUCCCCAUUCCCCUCCACAACCCUAAUAUUACCUCUCCCCUCUCACUCCCCCCCACCUCAUCAUCAUCCACAACAACAACAACAACAACAACAACAACAACAACAACAACUGCUACUACUACUACCCCUCCUCUCUCCCUCUCUCUUCCUUCCACGCGGACCAAAGUUGCUCGCUAGUUCUACUUCAGCUGCAAAGCUGACUUAUCGACUAUAUAUAUGGCGGGACUCGAUCUCUGCGAUAUAUGCCGCCGCGAAGUCAUGGGCGGCGGGGGGUCGUGCCCGCACCACCGCGCCGACCUCAACCGCGCGAUCCCGAUGUUCCCGGAGCCGCACGAGUUCCAGUUCUUCGGCCACGACGAUAACGUCGCGUGGCUGUUCAACGAUCCCCGAUCCGACGUCGAACCCCCUCCCCCGCCCCCGCCGCACGCCGAUUACAUGGAGAGGUUUCGCGAGACGCCGUUCCUGCCGGGGCACGGCCUCACGUUCGAUGUUCCGCUGAGCCGCACCGGCCUGCAGUCGUUGACGGAGACCGCACCGAGCACGACCAACGGGAUCAGCGUCGGCCAUGCAGCCGCAUCCAGUGCCACCAUCAUGUCGUUCUGCGGGAGCACGUUCACCGACGCGUCGAGCGGGAGCGCGAAGGACGCGGGCGACGCCACGGCGCCAAGUCAAGGGGACCCGACGAUGGAGAGAGAGGCGAGGGUGAUGAGGUACAAAGAGAAGCGGAAGAGGCGGAGGUACGAGAAGCAGAUCCGGUAUGCCUCGCGAAAGGCUUACGCCGAAAUGAGGCCGAGGAUCAAGGGCCGGUUCGCGAAGGUUCCGGAGACGAGCCCGCUGAUGAUGGCCGGGCCGCCGCCUCCUCCGCCUCCGCCUCCUCCUCCUGCUGCUCCUCCUCCUCCUCCUUCUUACGACCCUAACAGGCUUGAUCUUGGAUGGUUUCGUUCCUGAUUACUAAAAGUAGAAACGUACGUAGAAGCAAGGCAGUAGAUAUGUAGUAGUAGAAGGUUUUAACGUUGGCCUCAUUGUAUGUCAUAAAGCCAGCAGCUUGUAGAUAGUAGUUUGGUUGACUAGUAGAUAGAUAUAUGUACGUGCCUGCUGCCACUAUUGAUUCAAUAAUAUUUGCUUGUUUGUUUGGUUGGAGCUUCCAA